ACGUGGACGGACUGGAAGUUUUCGGUGAAGAAGAAGGUGUUGAGCAGCGGCAAAGGGGUGGGGGGGCCGGAGCCCCCCCUCUCCGACCUGGAGAGGCGCUGUGCCAAGUUGCUGGAGACUGCCGCGCUCGCCGCCGAGAUCCAAUCCGUGCCCCACGACCCCCCUCCCCCGGAGAUCUUCAUCAAGGAGGAGUUUGAGGCAGAAGAUCCCGACGAUCCGGAGUUCUUCCCCCUGAUGAAGGAGUUGGGAUCUCCCGCUGAUCCGAAAAUUCCCUUGGAUCCGAAGGAAACAGAGACCUCUGCCGAUACGGAAGUCUUCGAGGCGAAGAGGGAUUCAGUCCAGCGGGGAUAUGUCAAUGGUGAAUCACCUAUAUACCUCUAG